AUGAAGCUAUCCGGGGCCUUUGCCGCCUCAUCGCUGUGCUGCGCAGUACUUGCAGCUCGACCCACCGUCACCCCAGAGACUGCGCGUCUCAUCAUCGCCCAACGCCUAGGUCUCUCGCGAUUCCACGCGAUCGAGCAUGCCGACGCCGAGACGAUUCGACAUAUCAACACGUAUGGCGGUCUGCAGCAGAAGCUGUUCGGAACGGAAGACGACCAUGUCUCCAGAGCACAUUUGCUGGUAUGGGCAGAGGACGUUGAGCAGGAUGAGGCAACAGUCAUCAUCAACGACGGGUCAGAUCGCACACUCGACUUUGUCAUUUCAGGCGCACCGUCGGCUUCCGACAAUGACCGUUUGAUCAAGGACUUUAUCGCACAGGCCGAGACGCUGCCAGAAUACCCAGACCCCCAGCAACGAACGUACAAGACCAACUUCGACAUCCAGUCGGCCCUCCCCUCAAACUCAAAGGUAGCUGCCUACAAUGGCUACCUCAACAUGUGGCGCACAGACAAGAAUGACAAGAUGACGACUGAGGACAUGGCCAACGUCCUCACCAACAUCAAGCAGAAGGCGCAGGAGUCCGGCUUUGCUGUGACUGUCGUCAUGAUGCCGCGUGCAACCUCAAAGUCCAAGCGCACCGCCAACCCGUGGGGUACUUACAAUAUGCCCGCCAGGCAGGCCAACCGCCAGAACCCGGAGGCUGUCCUCUCUUCUAUUCCGGUACCCGCCGCCACCUCCAAGACGCCCGACGAGAGCUUUCCCGUCAUCGCCGCCGAGGCCGAGAACAAGAAGGGCCCAGUGCGCGGCAUCCUUCCCACCUGCUUCAUCUCCAUGGCUGCUUGCCAGAGCAGGACACAAAACUGCUCCAGCCAUGGCGAGUGCAAGCUUCUCCACAAGGGCCGCGGUUCUGGUAGCAAUCAGGAGUCGGUUGACUGCUACGGCUGCGCCUGCUCGCCUACCAUCCAGCACGUCGGAGAGGACAAGGGUAUGGAGAUCAAGAAGAAGGUCACGUACUGGGGAGGCCCGGCUUGCCAGAAGAAAGACAUUUCGACCCAGUUCUGGCUCUUUGUUGGCAGCGGCGUCAUUCUGGCUUUCCUGGUCUCUUCUGGCAUUGGUAUGCUUUACUCGAUGGGUGCUGAGGAGCUACCCAGUGUCAUCGGUGCUGGUGUCAGCGGCCCUACCAGGAAGUAG